AUGUCGAUUGGUGGCGUCACCGUGGUGACAACUGAUAGUCGCAGUAAUGUUGAGAUGGGUGAGGGACAUGGCUUUUACCCGCAAGCUCCUCUGAUUCCUCCUCAUGGGUUAACUUAUAAGUUCUGCACUCUCCUCUCAAUCUGUCCCCAUCAUCUCACUGCACCCACUUCAAUCCCGCCUCUAGAGAAUAACAACAAACCACAGAUGGCUCCCCCAUCUGACCCUUACAAUCACCACUGGCACUUCUCGGACUUGUCCGACAAGACCUUCCAACUCCAUGGCCGUAGUUUGGCCGUUGCUCUCGUCUUCUUCUCCCUUCUCCUCUUCUUCACUUUCUUGUUCGUCUACUUCUUCUACGUGUGCACCCACCGCCGGCACUCAGCCACGGUCAGGUCCACGUCCAACCCGACUGCACCCCAUGUGGUCGAGCUUGGACUCGACCCAGUGACGAUCAACGCGUUACCAAUAUUUCUGCACGGGGCCCCCGACAAUAGCGGCGGCUUGGAAGUGGAGUGCUCCAUAUGCAUCAGCAUGUUCCAAGAAGGAGAACGAGUGAAGGUCUUGCCCCAGUGUCGCCACGCUUUUCAUUCACAGUGCGUUGAUAAGUGGCUCAUGACUCACUCCAGCUGCCCUCUCUGCCGAGCCGCUAUUCUCCGAGGCGACUCUUUGGCUGGCACUAGAUUAAUUGUGUGA